AACUUUUUGCUGUUCAUACAAUAAAAAGAAACUUCAUCAGAUGUUACAAGAGUGGACGACGGCAGAAAAUAUUCCAGCUGAACAAAAUUCAAUCUAGAAUUUACUGUAUUACAUUAGGAAGAAUAUCUCAGACCACAUACGCCAAGCUAGAAUAUGCAGACUGUAAAGUACUUGAAAGGACCCAUACAUCUUUAAAAUGUCAAAAUUGAACUCCUAUUAUUCAGAGUGGUGUAAUUUUCCUGUACCUUUAAUAAAGAGAUGACAUGAUUUACACAACUAGCAUGAAUUGACCAUGUGGGCAUUUCUUUUCUCAGUCAAACAAGUACCACAGAAAUACACACCAUCUGGGAUGAUGCAUUAUCUUUCUUAGUUCUUCCUGGGUUUCCAUUUUCAUGUAGUUGUUUCAGUUUAUAGCAGGUGAGUGACAACCAUGGCUAUUGAAUCAUUAAAAAUCAUGGUUCUCUUGUUACUUUCUUGUGUUCUACUCAAAAUUUCAGCUCAAACAGAAGCAGAAGCUCUAAUAAAAUGGAAAAACAGUUUAGAUUUUCAUUCUCUUACCUCAUGGUCUCUUGCGAAUGGAAGAACCAAUCCUUGCAGGUGGUCUGGGAUAAAAUGUGGCAGUUCAGACAGUGUAAUAGAGAUAAAUCUUGAUUCGUCAGGUGUGAAUGGAAAGCUCGAUCAAUUCAACUUCUCAGUGUUUCCAAAGCUUACUUAUCUUAAUUUGGCAAAUAACAACCUCUCAGGAACAAUGCCAGCAGAAAUUGGAAAACUCGCAGAGCUUCGUUUUCUUCGACUAGCUAACAAUACUCUCACCGGACCAAUCCCAUAUCAGGUUUGCAAUCUUCAGAAGUUACGGAAUCUUGAAUUAUCUGAAAACUAUUUAUCAAAUCCAGACUCUACUCAGUGUAAGGGGAUGGCAUCAUUGACACGUCUUGAUCUCAAUUAUAAUUAUUUGGCAUCAGAAGUCCCACCUUUCAUCUUCAAAAGCCCAAAACUAGCCUAUGUUGAUAUUUCAGAUAAUACAGAUAUAGGAGGUCCAUUACCAAUUCAGUUCAUGAAGACUUUGAAGAAUAUUCAGUUCCUUAAUCUGUCUGGCAAUUCAUUCAAGGGACCAAUUCCAGCAGAAAUCGGAAACCUUACCCAACUUCAAGACCUGAGGCUGAGUAGAAAUCAGCUAAAUGGUUCAAUACCUUCUGAGAUUGUUAGCCAACCUCAGAGAAACCUUAAGAUGCUGCAAACACUAGACCUUACAGAUGUGAAGUUGAAUUCCAGCAUUCCAGACGAGCUUGGCUUAUGUACCAAUCUUACCUUCCUGGGAUUGGCAUCGACCAAUCUACAAGGUACUUUGCCGCCUUCAAUGGCUUCCCUAACCCAACUCACCGAGUUUGGAAUUUCUGGUAAUCAAUUAUCUGGUGAGGUUCCACCAUAUUUACUGUCCAAUUGGACACAACUAAUUUCCCUUCAACUUCAGGAUAACUCCUUCACAGGAACAAUUCCUAGUGAAGUCGGUUUGUUAAAAAAACUCAAUAUACUAUACAUGUUCAAGAACAAUAUAUCAGGUGACAUACCUUCAGAGAUUGGAAACUUGUCAAAUCUGAUAGAGCUCGACUUAUCUGAGAAUUCUAUCGUUGGCUCAGUUCCAUCAAGCAUAGGAAACUUAACUAAGCUUGAGCGCAUGACCCUCUUCGGCAACAAACUCAGUGGAAUGCUUCCUCGAGAAAUAGGUAACAUGGAAAGCUUGAUGUAUUUUGACGUGAGCAUGAACAGAUUGCAAGGAGAGUUGCCUUCAUCAAUAAUUCAGCUGCAGAACUUGGAACUGUUUUAUCUCGGAAACAACAGCUUUACUGGUAGUAUACCAGAAGAAUUUGGUCCCAGAUCCUUAACAAAUGCAAGCUUCUCUUACAACAGUUUCACCGGAAAGCUUCCUCCCAACAUUUGCAUAGGAGGGAACCUCAUAUACUUGACAGCCAACAAAAAUAAUCUAGACGGACCAAUUCCUGAAAGCUUGAGAAACUGCACAAAUUUAGACAGAGUCCGGCUGGAAGACAACCUUCUUCAAGGAGACAUCACAGAUGCAUUUGGUGUUUACCCAAUUCUGAAAUAUAUCGACUUGAGUAGAAAUCAAUUGGCGGGUAAAUUGUCACCGACCUGGGGAGCGUGCACCCAGCUUUCGUACUUCGGAAUAUCAGAGAACAUGAUCUCAGGUGAAAUCCCACCAGUUCUCGCAAGCUUAAAAUCUCUGCAAGAUAUUAGGUUUUCUUCAAAUAGAUUGUCAGGUCAGAUUCCAGUGGAUAUGUUCAAUUCAGAUUCAGUUAUAUUCAAUCUAAAUUUAAGCAGAAAUCAAUUCUCGGGUAAGAUACCUGUAGAGGUUGGAAAAUUAGCACGUCUGCGUAAUUUGGAUUUGUCCGUAAACAACUUCAGCGGGCCAAUACCUGAGGAAAUUGGGAACUGCGAAAACAUAAUAUCCUUGAAACUAAAUGAUAACAAGUUAACUGGACAAAUUCCAUACCAGUCAAAAUGA